GUGAGAGAAGAGCGGAUGAGAAGAAUUGCUGGUGUUGCUUUGAUGUUCAGCCCAAGAAUGGCACUUUAUUACCGAAAAGGUACCUCUCUUGUUCGCUCGAUCAAGUUAAACCCAUUGUUGUCACCAUAUCUAGAUCAUACAGUCUUGUUUCAUACCCAAAUUUCAACAAACCCUAAUCCGCCUGAUGCUAUUUCAAUAAAAAAUCGGAUGCAACUACAGAAGUUGUUGUCGGAGAAAUCCAAAAUGGGUUUUGAUAAGCUGGACGAUGCUCUUAGUUUAUUCCGACGAAUGGCCCAAAUUCGACCUCUGCCUUCAGUCAUCAAUUUUACUCAGCUGUUAACUGCCGUUGUCAAGAUGAAGGAAUAUUCGACCGUCAUUACAAAGAAAUCCGCGAGUUGGGUAUUCCAAUUAAUGAAUAUACGCUGUCUCUGUUGAUCAAUUGUGUUUGCCAGUUGAAUCAAGUGGAUUAUGGGUUUGCUUUCUUGGGUAUCUUCUUUAAAUGUGGUUAUACUACAAACGUGACCACCUUCAACACUCUAAUAAACGGGUAUAUUUUAGAAAGUAAGACUUCUAAGGCCAUGAAAUUGUUCGGAAUGUUGAUGGAAAAAGAAGACAUCGAACCCAAUGAAUCCACAUACUCGACAUUCAUAAAAGGGCUUUGUAAAAUAGGUGACAUUACAAAGGCUGUACAAUUGCUGAGGAGUAUGGAGAAAUGGAACUAUAGGCCUACUGUAGUGAUGUACAGUACAAUCAUCGACAGCCUUUGUAAGGACGGAAACAUCGAUGAUGCUUUGAGCCUCUUAUCAGAGAUGAGAGGGUCGCAUAUUGUGCCAGAUGUUGUCACCUACACCUCUUUGAUUCAUGGUUUGUGCAUCUCAGAACGAUGGGAGGAUGCCACAAGAAUGUUGAAAGACAUGAUAGAGCUAAAUAUUUUCCCAGAUGUUGUAACCUUUAGUAUGCUGGUGGAUUCACUUUGCAAGGAGAGAAGGACCGAAGACGCGGAGGGCAUACUCGGGAUCAUGAUCCGAAGAGGUGAGAAACCCAAUGUUAUCACUUAUAAUGCGCUGAUAGACGGAUAUUGUUUGCAAGGCCAAAUGAAGAAAGCAAAAGAAGUUUUCAACUCCCUAGUUGACAAGGGCCUUGAGCCUGAUAUCCGUAGCUAUAAUAUUCUAAUCAAUGGUUUCUGCAAUAAGAUGAAUUUAGACGAGGCCAUGGAUCUCUUCAGAGAAAUUCCUUGUAAAGGAUUAAAACCUGCUACCGAGACUUACAACACUUUGUUAAAGGGGCUGCUUGAAGUAGGGAAUGUGAUUCAGUAGAUCAUUUGUUUCAUGAGAUGAUGUGUAGCGGUCAAAAUGCUGACAUUAUUACUUACUCAAUCUUGUUAGAUGGCUUCUUUAAGAACCAGAAAAUUGGCAAGGUGGUAGAGGUGUUUUGUUCCAUGGAAGAUCAGGGAAUAGCUCCUGAUAUUGCUGUUUAUACUAGCUUUCUUGAUGGUAUGUGCAAAACUGGGAAACUUGAAGAUGCUCGGGAACUAUUUAGGUGCCUUUUGUCCAAUGGUUUGAGACCUAAUGUUAAGAUGUACACUGCAAUGAUUAGUGGACUUUGUAAGGUGGAGUUGCUGGAUGAAGCUGAGGAGUUACUCAAAACGCAUGGAGUUAGAUGGUUGUCCACCCAAUGAUAUCACUUAUAUAUACUUGUUCGAGCAUUCCUCGACAAGGGUGAUAGACAUAAGGUUAUGAUAUUUCUGCAAGAAAUGGUCAAUCACAAUUUCUCAGUACAUGCGUCUACCAUGUCCAUGCUAGUGGGUUUACUCACAGUUGAAGGUGAGGAUGGGGAAAUGUUUAGAAUGAUUCAGAAGCUCGUGCCAAGGGAUAAACAAGUUAUGUCUUGAAUUAGGAGGAAUUUUUUCAAGUUGUCAAAGUUGGAUAACUGAGCCAUGUUUGGGAUGUGUAGGUGUCCUUGAAAAGUUUGUUUGAAAGAUGAUGGAUGGUCGGUACAAGAGUUGCAUCAGUGUUCUAGAAGUCGGCCGCAUAGUCCGACUAGUUCCGGCAAGGGCGCUAGGCGGUUGUCCAACGCCUAGAUUAGGCCUAGUCGGCUUCUAGUACCCGCCUAGUGCGUUAAGCGGCCAACUAUACGGCUCCUAGCAAUUUUUAGAACAUUGUUCGCUUGUUGCUGACUCAUUGUCAUUAUUUCAGUAGAUGGAACAAGCGGAACAGAUCCUAAAAUCUGAAAUCCAAAUUGUUGAAAUCUGCGAAUAGAGGAAGCAAGAGGUGGUAAAGAUGUUUUCAGUAAGUUUUCUUCCCAAGGGCUGCAUAAGUUUAUGGAAAUGUCAAUUAUGAUAGAUGUACUUAUCAAUAAGGCUGCUGGGUGAAGCAAGAUCCUUACUGGAGCAACUGGAAGAGACUGGUCAUUUGGCUAUUGAUUCUCUUUGCAAUGAGUUGAAGUUGUCAAAGUAUGGAUGCUUGUGCAAGUGGCAUGGAAGGAUUUAUGAGGUUCUAUGUUGUCAACUUUAGAAGCAAGUUUCACCUGUACCAUUGACUUCUUUUGUUGACAUUUUCAUUUUACUGGUAAUUUUGCUUGAGGUUGUAAUGUCUAAUUGUUUUGAUACUGGUUGUUUUCUUUUAAUGAUAGCUUUUUUCCACUA